CACAAACAAAGACAAGCGGAGACACUCAGGAGUGGACCAUGGAGGGAGCGAACUGGAGCGUCAUCAUUGCCGUCUGGCUCGGCCUGUCAGGUCAACUGCAUGGAGUCUUUGCAUACAAGAUCAUUGAUGGCCAAGAAGCUGUUCCACACAGCCGGCCCUACAUGGCUUUUUUACGGAUACGAACAAUCAGAGGCAAUUAUACUUGUGGAGGAGCACUGAUUGAUCCCAACUUUGUUCUGACUGCUGCCCACUGCAGUGGCGGGACAAUCACAGUGUACCUUGGACUCCACGACCGAUCCAAAGCUGAGUUGACAGAGCAGGUGCUGCAGGUGGAGAAGGAGAUCCCACAUGAAGAGUAUAAUGAGAUCACCGACAGGAAUGACAUCAUGCUCCUAAAGCUUGAGCGCAGUGUCACUCUGUCACCUGGCGUGCAGAUCAUUGGCAUUCCAAGGAAAAGAUCUUCCACCCUAGAUGGGACCAGCUGCUCUGUGGCAGGAUGGGGCACAACUGAUAACAAUGGGCCCUCCAGCAUGAAGCUGAUGGAAGUGAAUGUAACCAUUCAGGAUGUUAACACGUGUACAGCUGCCAAAAUCAAUGACCUAAAAGAAACUGUGAUCUGUGCAAGAGGUGAUGGCAUCAAGGGGACCUGCUCUGGCGACUCUGGGGGUCCACUGGUCUGUUCUGUCAAAGGGAGACAACCAAAAGCAGUUGGCAUUGUGUCUUUCCACCUGGCUAACAAUAAACGGUGCAAAGAUCCUAACCGUGAUAACGUCUACACAAAGGUAUCUGCCUUCCGGGACUGGAUUGACAGGAACAUCAAGGCCAACUCUCCUGCUUGAUCACACACUGUCUGAUAC